UGAAAGGUACUUGGGAGUAGGAAAGAAAACAUUCUCUUCUGUCCCUGAGCAGAACCUCUUUACUCAAUCAGGAGCCCCGAUUUUCCAUCUGCCAGGAAAGAGCUCACUACAGUGUCUAUUGCAUAGAUCACUCACUUUCUAGAAGGAAAUGGAUAAAGAUGGCUGGAAAGUUCAAAAUAUAACCUGUGCAAUAAUUAAAGAACUCCCCAACUAAGAGAAGAAAUACAACCCAAGAGUAGAAACAGUUGAAGUAGACUACCAAGAGGUGAAACAAAGCAAAUUUCACCUUCAUGGAUGAACUGGAAUUUUCUGAAGAUAGAACUGAUGAAAGCCAAAUAGAUUUAUCUUAUGAUGGAGAGUUGGAGGGGAACCAUCAGGAACACAAGAAUGAAACAUGUAUCUGGAGUGACCAUGCAUUUACUGCAGUUGAAAGUAUUUCAGAUGAUUUUUCCAAUAUGAUGCUUUCAGAAGUUCCAAAGCCUCAAGACUGGCAUACUCCUGACGAGAUUCCUGGGAGUGAAGAGAGUGUUUUUCCCACUAAGUUAUCUCCGGACACUGUUAUAAGAGAAAAGCUCGAGGCAGAUUUUUGCACGGGCCGUUUUCACAUACCAGGUGAUAAUAAAGGGUACUCCAAUUCGCACAUUUCGGAAGUUCUACUACGGCAUCUUUCCAAUGAGGAGUUGUUAAAUGCCAGCCAUUUUAUUGACGGGGAAACCAUUCCAGAGAUUUCUUUUACAGAAACUUUUGAAGAAAACAGGAUUAUUAAAAGUGUAACUUCACUUCACAGUGAGAAUCUUUUACCAAAGCAACAAAAUGCAGGCGACUCUGACCAACAACUCUUAAAGAGUGGAGAGGAAAGUUGUGAUUCUAGUCAAAGAGAUCGGUUCACCCUGGAAGAAAAUAAAAUUGACUUAAGACCAACAGAGGAGCCUGAGGCUCACAUAAAGGGUAAACAAAACUUGCUAACUGAGAAUGGAUGUACGAAACGUUUUAAAAAAACACAGACGGGGCAGAUGUCCCAGAAAUGUACGCUGGAAAGAACACGCUCAAGUCACGAGUUCAAAUAUGGCCAGGGUCAAGUCCACUAUCGCCUUCCUGAUUUCUCUAAGAUUGCUCCCAAAGUGAAAAUACCAAGAAGAAAUUGUGCUAAUAAAUCAACGCCCGUGGUUAAACAAACCACCUCCUCCCCAAACUUGAUUGGUGAGUCAGGAAUUCUGCCAGAUGUUUGGGGAGCCAAAACUACUUUAGACUUUAUUGCAAAGCAAUCAGAAGAGGAGAUAAAGAAAAAUGCUGAAUUCUUACAGCAGCUACAGUUGCUUACGAAACAUGCUGAGGCUCAAAAUCUCACGGAUUUCUUAAGAUUCACUACCAAGGUAGAACCUUCACUGAGGGUUUCCGAAGGAUCUCACGCAGGAUUAGAAUCUGGGGCAAGGAAAACAAAACUGUCAUCAACUCUCGCAGGAGAAGAGCCAUUUCCCAACCCUUCUAAUUUAUACACCACAAAAGGCGAAAAGAUGGGGCAGAAGCUAAAGGAACAGACUGAACACUUGAGGACUAAAGUACAAGAAUUUUCUAAGCGAAUAGCAUGGGAAUCCUUACCAUUUGAAGAAUACUGUCUGGAGCUGAAGCAAUUGCGAAGUGAUCUCAACAUGCUGGAGCAGAAUUAUCUGGCUACGAAGGAGAAACAUCGAGGUUUACAGCUGCAAAACUACAGGCUCCAGUCCGCGUCUGUUGGAGUCUUCGAUCCCGGAAGAAAGCUUGAGGGUGAAAUCUUUCAAUUAGAAAUGCAACUUGAAGAUAUCAGAGAAAAAAUGGAUCAAGACACGCGCAGUUUCACUCCCUCUUCACCUGUGGAUCGUCCAAUAGGUUCUCCGCUUUCCCUGGGUGACUCUGUGUCCUGUUCACCUGUUCUUGAGAAUACAAGAGAAGAGAGCCUUACUGGUCACACAGAGAGGGCUGAACAGGAAACAAAUGGGAACCAAAAAGAGAAGGGACAGAGUGAAAGCGACGAGAGCGAGAUCGCUCCAGCAAAGUCCGAGGGCUGUUGUUUCCCAGAUGACAUUCAUGAGCUCUACCCACAGAUCUAUUUAGGGUUACCGCCGAGAGUCACUGCUAUCAAUGAAGACUUUUUGGAAUCGAAUCCGGGCGAGACAAGUGAACUCGUGGAGAAGAACUCAUCGGAUGGCAUGCGUUUCCCCCUGGAAGCCGAGGAGGGUUCGGGAAGGGUGAAAGCGACUGAGCCAUGUGUGCGAAAUCAAGAUUGUACCUCACCCCCAGGAGCCCUCGAAAGGAACCCAAAAAAGGAGCUUAAAGUGGGCCACAGGAAACCAAAAUCCAGAGGGGUUCCAAUUCUCAUCCAAGGAAAAGCAAUGAAUCUAGAUUUAGCAGAUGACGCCUUUGACGCCGAUUCAGGAGACAAUGUAUUUUCCGAUUCCUUCAAUGGACCCCAAACGGACGAAUUCACAGAUUCCAGAUGGAGAAUACAUGAAACACAGAACUCAGGAUUUAAAGAACUAUCUCGAGCUUGUUCCCAGCGGAAAAGAAUUGGUUUCCCCAAAACGUGUUCAAAAAAGCCCCGAGACCAGUGUGAACCUAUAGUCUCUGGAAGGCCCCAUGUAUUGCUUUCCAGAUCAAAUUUAAGGCCUCCCAAGACCCUUUCUACAGAGGGCUGUGACCCCGUUUCAUUCUCACCCCACUAUUCAUCUCGAAUGUCUUCAGGAAGCAGUUUCCAAUGCAGGAGAAGGAGCGCAACGAAGCGUAAUUCAGAGAUUCUAAACUCCGCUUUGGACCGUGCCCUGCAGGCUGCAGUCGGCUUAAAAGAGACGACAGAACGGAUGAUUCGAGAAGUGGCAGGGGACCUGGAUAAAGUUCGGAAUCAGAAAAGUCACGAACAGUUUUAGCCACUGAACUGUCUGAUCUGAGGUCAGUAUGUUGUCAUGGUAGGUAAUUGAAAUAGAUAAAAGAUAUGGCAAGAAGUUCUGCAAAAAUGUAUCAAACUGUAGCUGUAAAGUUCAACCAAUUGCUCUGACUGCCAAUCACACUAUUGCUUGUUGGCCGCUGUUAGAUGAUAUGAUAAUAAUAAUAAUGAUGGCAUUUGU